AUGGGAAAUUAGCGUUUAAAGUGUUGCGGAAGCUAAGAUCAUAAUAUCGGAAUAGAGAUAUGUAAAAAAAAUCCAGAAAUAAAGUCCAUCAGAACUCAGAAAUCAAUUAUCUCAUAAUAAACAACAAAUGGUGCCCCUAGAAAGUAAAGUGGUAAGAAGACUGAUUGGGAUUUCUAGCAUGAUGAAGUUUAUAAGAUAGCUGAGAAGAAAUGGUAAGAUAGGCUUGAAGAUCUUGAAUACACCUAUGAAUUGGAAUGUGAAUUGUAAGGUGAAAAGAGAAUGAAAUAUAAAGGAUAUCUCAAAGACGGGGUUAAGCAUGGCCCAGGUAGUUUGCUUUGGCCUGAUAAUUCCUAGUAUCAUGGAGAAUGGCAAGAAGGAUUUGCCAAUGGUUAUGGAAUCUUAAAGCUUGCAGAUGGCGAUGUGUAUCUUGGUGAAUGGGUUAAUGACAAGGCAGAUGGGAACGGUAAAUAUAUUCAUGCUAAUGGUGCUUAAUAUGAAGGCUCAUGGUUACAAGAUAAGUAACAUGGAUUUGGAGUAGAAACAUGGCCUGAUGGAGGCUCUUUUAAAGGAUAAUAUAUUUAAGGAAAUAAAAAUGGACAUGGUUAGUUCAUAUGGGCAGAUGGUAAUAUUUAUGAAGGUGAAUUCAGUGAUAAUCACAUUUAAGGCAAGGGUGAGUACAAGUGGGUUGAUGGAAGUGUCUAUAUAGGUUCUUGGCAUAACAAUAAUAUAGUUUAUGAAGGAGAAUAUCAUGAAGAUAAAAAAUAGGGUUUUGGAAAAUACACUUGGCCUGAUAAAAGAGUGUACGAAGGAUAAUGGUAUGAUGGAAAACAGCAUGGAGAAGGCAUUUAUAUAAACGCAGAUGGCAAGAUACAAAAGGGUCUCUGGUAAUAUGGCAAGCGUAUUUAGUGGAUUGAAAGCGUGGCUGAAAACCAAUGA